AUGUCACGCCCCGAAUCUCCCAACAGCAACAGCGACAAGACUGCUCGAUCGUCCUUCUCGUCUGUCCGAGAGAACGAUGAUGGCCUAGCCCAGACUUUCACCCGCUCGAAGAUUUCCUCCUACACUCAAGGGCCGGAAGAGGUAUUCGAUGAAUCACCCUCACCUUCCGUUGAGAUUGCACAGCCGUCUUUUCAGGCUCCUCUGACGCAGCCUCACAGUCGGCUUCAUGGCUUCUGGUUCCCCGCGGACAACUUUCGCGGAUGGAAGCAGAUCCCCAUCAAGGGCAAAUCCGCCAGCCGUAGCUGCGAGGAUCUUCACAAGCUAUCCAUGACAUGGAGCUCUCCAGCACCUCCCGCCGUCGCUGAGAAGGCUUCACCCAACAGCUACCAGACCGGAACCUCCCCUCUCGAGAGACUCCCCAGCGAAGUUUUGGGUGCCAUUAUCGACCUUCUCGUCAUCGAGAUCCCUCCCAAUGGCCUUACACCACGAAAUGCCGACCUUAUGGCUCUUCUCCUUACUUCGCGAUCUAUUCAUGCUGCGACUCUCAACACACUCUACCGCCACAUUACGAUUCCUCACUCUCGUAUCUUCCGAAAGUUCCUCGCAACCAUCACUGAGUACCCCGCGCUCGCAUCUAUUGUGCGGCGACUCGACUUCAGCCACUUUAACCCCUCCACCAUCUUCUCUACUGCAAGCGAGAGAGCCCAGACUCGAAACCUGACUUCCGAGACACUCUAUAAAUGUCUCGAGCUAACCCCAUACCUGCAGGAGUUCCUGGCGCAAGAGUAUAUCGAUGAGGAUCUUGGACCUGAUGUUAUCAAGAAGCUCUUCUUCGAAAUGCCCCGGCUCCAAGCCAUCGACUUUUGCGGCUGCUCCUCUCCUUCUUUCAAGAAUUCGUUCACUAGCCUCCUCCAGGCUCAGUGGCCCGAUUCUUUGACUCUUACCCGUAUUUCGUUCCAUAAGUGCUUGAACUUGCCAGGCUCCGUCUUCGAGGCCAUCCUACCCCGACUCGAACGAGCUACUCACCUCGAUCUCGCUGGAACCAGAGUGACCGACAAGGCGUUGCAGAGCUUGCCUGAGACGGCAAGACUCACACACCUGAACUUGGCCAAGUGCCGAGAGUUGACCUCUGAAGUUGUUGUCAAGUUUGUCACAACUCAUCCCGCGAUCAUCCAGACCAUCACUGUCCUUAGCCUUGCUACUAAUGCCAGCAGCCACCUCCUGCUGGGCAAGGCGGAUGUUGAUGCUAUUCUUCCCCGACUGCCCCCUACCCUUCGAUCGCUGAGUCUCAAGGGUAGCAGAAUGGAUCCUUCCCAGAUUCCUCUUCUCACCCCUCUGGUCCAGCAUCUGGAGGAGCUUGCCAUCGGCCGAGGCCUCGAUCUCCGUGACAUCCACCAGCUCCUGUACCAAGCCCAGGAGUGGAUUCCUCACAGUCUCCGAUACCUCGAUAUCUCCGACCUGGACACUAUCAUCGGUAGUGCUAGCGCACUUCUUACCCCCGCCUCCGCCCCGCUGCAGGUUAUCGAGCUCGAAGAGCGCGCAUACGAGCGAGCGGCCAAGGCUAAGAAGAACCUUGAACGUGCAGGAUGGACCCCCAAGGAGUUUGGCAGCCGUUACUGGCUAGUCCGCUUGAACACCGACGGAGCCUCUCUCGACAGCGGCGGCCGGUGGUGGAAGCUGGGCGCUGAGAGCUGGGGCAUGAGGAAGAUCCCGGUUGCGGAGGCCGACGUCGGAGGCAUGUAUGGCACGUUCAUGUUCGGCCGAAGGCUGUAA